AUGGACAUCCGCGUCCUCAGGUCCUCUGACCUGCCUCUUAUCCAACAUGCCAACCUCGAAAACCUUCCCGAGAACUACUUCCUCAAGUACUACCUGUACCACGCGCUAUCAUGGCCCCAGCUCAGCUUCGUGGCCGUCGACAUUGCCCGCCCCAAGAAAACACCGUACGAUUAUCCCAAGAUCGUGGGCUACGUCCUGGCCAAGAUGGAGGAGGACCCUGCCGACGGCGUGCCACAUGGCCACAUCACCAGCCUGAGCGUUAUGAGGACGCACCGGAGGCUAGGCAUUGCCGAGAAGCUGAUGCGCCAGAGCCAACUGGCAAUGGUCGAGACCUUUGGCGCCAUGUACGUCUCCCUGCACGUGCGCGUCUCCAACCAGGCGGCCAUCCACCUCUACAAGGACACCCUGGGCUUCCAGAACGACAAGACCGAGGCCAAGUACUACGCGGACGGCGAGGACGCCUACAGCAUGCGGCUCGACCUGGGCACCAUCCGCGAGCAGCUGCAGGACCAGGCCGAUGCCGAGAGCGAGGGUGUCGACGAGGGCGAUGCCGUGGGCGACGUCGGGAGCGACCCGGCGAAAAAGAAGGCCGGCCCGGCCAAGAAGAAGAAGAAGGCUGGCGCCGACGGUGCCAAGGAGGAGAAGAGGAAGGUCAAGGUCGGGAGGGGCCUGGGCGUGGGCGAGCUGGUCGAGAGGGACGAGAGCAAACAUGCGUCAUAAAGAGGGGGGGUUUCCAUGAUGAUUUUGUUGUUUACAACUGAAGCACGGGGAGGAGGACAUACAUGUUCGUGGGCAGCACACACAUCGUUUUAGGUGAGGCGCUGGGGACUCCAAUAGAUAUCCAGACGGGGAUAGACAAAAAUGGGAAGAAGA